GCAUCCGGAAAAAAGGUGGAUAAGUAAGAAAUUCGUAAAUUAUGCGACAAACUCACAGUGAAAGUCUACUCUCUUGACGCCAUGGCUGGGAUCGCCAGCUGCUUUCCAUCCAAGCCCCUCUUGACACGGACCCUUACAGCGACGCCUUCUCGUCUCGAUUCCAAGCUCUUCGGAGUUCGCCUCUUCAACAUAGGUACCAUCAAGUCGAGCUCCAUAUCUCUCUCCUCAACCCUCGGUGGCUCCUCCGUCACCGCCCGGUACGGAGGCGGGUUUCGCCCCUCUGGCCCCAGAAAUUCGAGGCAGUACCGGAAGAGCGAUUCAGAUGACGACCAAGCACUUGACAUCUCCACCAUUAGGUCAGCCACUGUGAGGCUAAUUGAUGAGAAACAGAAUAUGGUGGGAGUGCUAUCCAAAAAUGAGGCUAUUCAAAUGGCUGAGGAUGCCGAACUUGAUCUGGUCAUAUUAUCCCCAGAUGCUGAUCCCCCUGUUGUCAAAAUAAUGGAUUACAAUAAAUAUAAAUAUGAACAGCAAAAGAAGAAAAGAGAACAGCAGAAGAAAAGCGCUGCCAAUCGCGUGGAUUUAAAGGAGCUCAAAAUGGGUUUCAACAUUGAUCAACAUGACUAUUCUGUUCGGUUGAAAGCUGCAAGGAAGUUUUUGAAAGAUGGUGACAAGGUGAAGGUUAUAGUGAGCCUGAAAGGUCGUGAAAAUGAAUUCAGGAAUAUUGCCAUCGAGCUUAUCAGACGUUUUCAGAAUGAUGUUGGAGAGCUUGCAACCGAGGAGGCCAAAAACUUCCGUGACCGGAACAUAUUCAUAGUUUUGGUUCCGAACAAGGCACAAAAAGCUCAAGAACCACCAAAGAAACAAGACAAGUCAGCGGCAAAUGAAGUAUCAGCUAGUGUCUGAGUGCAGUCCAAAGUUUCAUUUAUUAUGGCCGUGGGGUGCUAGUGAUGGCACAGUUACAGGGUGAUAUUCAAUGAUUCAUUUUCGUUCUUCAACUUGAUCGAGGAUCCAGAAGCCUUGUAUAGCAUUAGUUUAACAUUUGUUAGAGAAUAUGUUUACUAGGCUUUUAAUAAUAGAAUCUACAUUCUCUGUUCUAACUUGUAGUAGAGUUCUGGAAGCGAGUUUGGACCAUUGCUUUAAAGAUUGGAUUGCUAUGUCCAUGUCUAUAACAGCAUGUUGUCUGUUCAAGCAUUUUGUGAUGGAUGCAAGUGGGGCAAGUGCACAAGUGGUUGUAUCCCAGAUUCCCAGCUACCGGAUGGGAACCGUGGAGAAUGAUCCAUAAAUCAAGAACGUAAAGGCAGAGUUUAGACACCAGUAUGAGGUGAAUUCACAUUUCCUUUUAUAGCUGUUAGAAUCAGUCUCCAUUUAUUAUGGUGGUAUCCAUUUUAGGAUAUAUGCAAUCUUGAUAUCUUCUGUGGUGUUGUUUAUGCCUGAUUAUUUGUAUUCUUCUUGAAUGGCGUUGAGUAAAGAGAUUGGAAUCUUAUUCAAUCAAACAAAGGUGAAGACCCCCAAGCAUUCAAAAGCUGAAGAAAGGUUGUAAGAGUAAAUACCUCUUAACACAACUUUUAUUUUUAUUAUUAUUCCUAUUGCAAAUGUUCUUUUAUGUGACUGAGUUUGAA